UCUGAGCCAGAAUUCUUCACUUCCUCGUUUGAUUUGAAAGAUGUAUUAAUCUGAGUAAUUGGCCAUUCUCCAAAAUUGCCAAACUGAAUGCCUUCAGGAUGGAUUCCUCUUUACAUCAUCUGCCAAGAACAUCUGGGUGACUGCAGACACGGACACAGCUAUCGGAUGGCAACUUCAUAACUCGUACACCGUGCCCCAAAAACAAGGUGUGUACCCUACUGACAUGAAGAGGCGGAACCAAAGCUCUGUGGCGGAAUUCAUCCAAGCGGGCUUUUCUAACUUUCCUGCGCUCCAAGAGCAGCUCUUUGGGGUUUUCUUGGUUGUUUACCUGGCGACCCUGAUGGGAAAUGCCAUCAUCAUAGUCAUCAUCUCCCUGGAACAGAGCCUCCACGUCCCCAUGUACCUGUUCCUCCUGAACUUGUCUGUGGUGGAUGUGAGUUUCAGUGCAGUCAUUAUGCCUCAAAUGCUGGUGGUUCUCUCCACUGAGAAAACGUCAAUUUCAUUUGUGAGUUGUUUUGCACAGAUGUAUUUCCUUCUUUUCUUUGGUGGGGCGGAAUGCUUUCUCCUGGGGGCAAUGGCUUAUGACAGACUUGCUGCUAUCUGCCAUCCUCUGAGCUACCCAAUGCUUAUGAACAAAAGGGUUUUCAUGAAAUUAGUAAUGUUCUCAUGGGUCUCAGGGGUCAUCGUGGCUACUGUGCAGACUACGUGGGUUUUUAGUUUUCCCUUUUGUGGCCCCAGUGAGAUCAACCAUAUCUCUUGUGAGACGCCCCCAGUGCUGGAGCUUGCAUGUGCAGACACCUUUUUAUUUGAAAUCUAUGCAUUCACUGGCACCAUUUUGAUCAUCAUGGUUCCUUUCUUGUUGAUACUCUUGUCUUACAUUCGAAUCCUCUUUGCCAUCCUGAAGAUGCCAUCAACCACUGGGAGACAAAAGGCCUUUUCCACCUGUGCCUCCCAUCUCACAUCUGUCACCCUCUUCUAUGGCACAGCCAGUAUGACUUACUUACAACCCAAAUCUGGCUACUCCCCAGAAACCAAGAAACUGAUGUCAUUGGCUUACUCACUUCUCACGCCUCUGCUAAAUCCACUGAUCUACACCUUGCGAAAUAGUGAGAUGAAAAGAGCUUUGAUGAAAUUCUGGCGAAGAAAAGUAGAUUUGCACACAUUCUGACUGUGCUGGGAAGCCCCAUGAUAUUUGGUCAUUGCUCGACUGAACUCUUAAAUUUAAUAAAUGCUGGAAAUAAUUUGCAUUUCUUGGUAUGAGUAUGCUUACCUUUUUGAGUUCUACAAAUAUGCUAAUACAUUAGGGUUAUCUAUAUACAUAUUAUUUUCAUAGAUGCAUUUAUUCCUUGAUAUUCAGUAUA